CCCAUGCUCAUCACAAUGAUUCGGUAUCAGCUAGAUGAACUGAUGUGUUCAUGCAGCCAUCAACAAUGCAGUUAUCAUCUGAAUGCUCUCCUGGGAAGCCUUGUGGUCUUGGCCAGCUGUGUGAUGUUAUGCAAUGCCCAGUGCUAUUUCAUACCUAUUGAAGGUUCUCCAGACAACUUGCCUAAGGAAUGCAAGGAUCUCGGUGGAGUCACCUACGCGAUGAACUCAAAGUGGAAGAAUGAGAGAUGUGAGGAGUGUUCUUGUAACCCAACUGGAAUCCACUGCUGCAACAUUGUUGCUAUACCUGUGGGUUUUAGCAAAAUGAAAUGCAAGAAAUUAUUCAACGAGAAGACCUGCACCUAUACGGUGGUGGAGAAAAAGAAUCCAAAAAAGACUUGUCUUGUCGAACAAUGGGUGAUGUAAUGAGCUUCUAGUGGGCCCGUGGCUCCCAGCCAGAGGGGUUCCAGUCCUCCAAGGCCAGGCCUCAUUCUCCUGUGGCCUCUAACAGUCUAUGAUUGUAUAACCCUACCUGUUCGUAAAAAAAAAUAAAUAAUUAACAAUUGAGCAAA